AAAAAAUAAAAUAAAAAUAAAAAUGCAGCCUUCCUUUCGAACUAUUUAAUGCUGAACAGUGAAACAGAGGCUGCAGCACUCAUGUCUCGCUUCGUAGCGAUCACUUUGCGUCACUGCGAGACUGCUUGGCUUUUCACGGGAUCCGACUUCAAGACAAUAAUUUUCCCCGUGAUGAUAUUCGCAACUGUUGUAUCUCCUUGCCACAACCCGCUAGCUCUAUCUUACGCUCUCUGCUGGCUGUGGUUCCAUCUCUUUCAAUUCAAUGCGUCUAAUCAAUCCUACUCUGCCCUUGAAGAUAUGUUGAACAAACCAUGGCGUCCUGUGCCGUCCGGGCGCAUCAGCGUAAAGGACUCUCGUACAUUGCGCUGGGCACUCAUGGUGUUCUGCUUGGGCCUUUCAUCCCUUUUCAGCUUCAAUGUCGUUAUGUCCAGCGGAGUUUGCACUAUACUCCUGGUCAUGCAUGACGAUUUGCAUAUCAGUCACCAUCCCAUUUUCAAGAAUUUGUGCAAUGCAGCAGGUUAUGUGACAUUUGAACUUGGUUCUUUGUUGAUUCUGUCAAGGGACUCUUCGCUCGACGGAACGAGCAUAAAAGCACUUUCCUGCAGUGCGCUUGUCAUAUUUCUGACAGUUCAUGCGCAGGAUUUCGCCGACGUCAGCGGCGAUCUGAAGUCGGGGCGACGAACUCUGCCAAUUAUAGCACCCGAAGGAUCUCGUAUUUAUAUGCUUUGUGCACUUCCGUUAUUUUCUUUUGCGCUUGCCUCAUUUUGGAAUUUGGGGCCUCUCUCCAGCGGUCUUUUUGUUUCUAUGGGGUCUUGGGUCGGAAUUCGCUACUUCCUCUUUCGCGACAAGAUCGGGAUCAAUCAAACUACCGUGUGGAUCAUGGGCGUUCACUUCUUGCCAAUCCAUGGGCGUUUACCUAUAUUGGCAUGGUAG